UUGACUUUCAAACCUAUUUAUAAGUUACAGAUUGAAGUUCAUAUAUAGAUGUAGAAAAUUUUCUUGUUUCAAGUAAGAAAUUAAACAAAUUUUCACAUCUUUCGAAAUUAUGAAUGUCUUUGGCAAUUUGGAUUUGGAUGUGCUCUAUAGCAAACCAGUGGAAUGUCCCGUUGGCAAUUGUAAUUCCCGGAUGGCCCCAAUGGAGUUGCUCGCCCAUCUGCUAAUGCGUCAUUGUCCUCAGGAAUCAAUGCUGGAGAUAAAUGCCAAUUGGCCAACGCUAUACGAAAUCGAAUUAGCCAAAUUGACACCGGGUCGAAAUCAUGUUAUCGCUGUGAUUGCCUAUGCCGGACCACCGAAUCCGUCACGUAGUUGCCCUGUGACACCUGAGCUGCAAAUUGUUCAUCAUAUGCCCAUGCUGAUGUUGCUCUACAUUACUCCACCCGAACCGGAUGUCGAACAGGCCUAUGUCUUUUAUCUUGUCAGCCCGACAGAUUCGAGAAGUGUGAAUGCUCAUGUAACACUUAUAGACUGUACAUUUACCCAUGAGAUGCGGGGUUUGCGCUGCCUGAGAAACUCGCUAGAUGCCCCACUGCAGAACAGUGACAGGUUACUUCAUUGCAAUACCGAUUAUCUAGUUUACACGGCCGAGGACAUACAAAAACUGUGUGAAAUCGGUAAAAAGGAGAGUAUAUUUAGCAAGAUCAUACUCUAUGGCCAGCCCGACUUGUUUGGUUAGGAUCUGCAGUGAUAAAUGGGCUAUACAAAUAAUUAAUAUGUAAGAAAUAUUUUUAUUUCAAUUGUAACAUGUAAAGAGACAUUCGCUUUAUUAAAAUGAUAAAAGAAACUA